CGCGAAAAUUUUGUACAGAGGAUCAAAUUGUAUUAAGCAAACGCAGUGUAUGUAUAAUUUUCAGUAGAGAUAGCUUCUUUCUUAUAACCUAGUCAAUACCAACAGUAAACAACCAUGUCUGACGUUGAAGAACAAUACGUUGAAGAACAAGAACAACAACCAGUUGUCCAAGAAGAAUUACAAUUAGUUGAAUUAGCUACUUCUAUCCCAGCUGAUGUUCAAGCUGCUCAACAAGAAGUUAAAUUAUUCAACAAAUGGUCUUUCGCUGAUGUUGAAGUUAAAGAUGUUUCCUUAAAGGACUACAUUCAAAUCAGAGAUGCCGUCUUUGUCUCCCACACUGCUGGUAAAUACGCCUCCAAGAGAUUCAGAAAGGCUCAAUGUCCUAUUGUUGAAAGAUUAACCAACUCUUUAAUGAUGAACGGUAGAAACAACGGUAAGAAAUUAAAGGCUGUCAGAAUCGUCAAGCACACUUUAGAAAUCAUUAACGUUUUAACUGAACAAAACCCAGUCCAAGUUUUAGUUGAUGCUAUUGUCAACUCCGGUGCCAGAGAAGAUUCUACCAGAAUUGGUUCUGCCGGUACCGUCAGAAGACAAGCUGUUGAUGUUUCUCCAUUAAGAAGAGUUAACCAAGCUAUUGCUUUAUUAACCAUCGGUGCUAGAGAAGCUUCUUUCAGAAACGUCAAGACUAUUGCUGAAUGUUUAGCUGAAGAAUUAAUUAACGCCGCCAAGGGUUCUUCUACUUCUUAUGCUAUCAAGAAGAAGGAUGAAUUAGAAAGAGUUGCUAAAUCUAAUCGUUAAGAAAAUUGUAUAUUAUUUCUUUCAUCAUUGUUCAUGUCAUUUAUUUAAACAUAUCAUCAAUCACCUCAUCCAAUCAAACAACCACCUAAUGAUCUAAUACAUUAUAUAUAUAUAUUUAAAGGUCAUACGUAAUAUAAAUAUAAAAAUUAAAAGAGUUUUUAAAA